AAUCGACGGCCCAGAUAUACGCAUACAGAAACCCUAGCGCAGUUUCAUUAGCCUUACAAAACCCCUUGCAAAUACUUUACUGAAAGAGUUUGAGAGUUCUGGAGAAGGGCUGCAACCAUGGUGGAGAAGGGCAAAAGCCGAAGAGAGGAAGUCGUCACAAGAGAAUAUACCAUUAAUUUGCAUAAACGCCUCCAUGGCUGUACUUUCAAAAAAAUGGCUCCAAGAGCUGUAAAGGAGAUCAGGAAGUUUGCACAGAAGGCCAUGGGGACUACUGAUGUAAGGGUGGAUGUGAAGUUGAAUAAAGCUGUUUGGAGCAGGGGUAUUAGAAGUGUGCCCAGAAGGGUCAGGGUUCGAAUUUCAAGAAAACGCAAUCCUGAAGAAGAUGCUAAAGAGGAGUUGUAUUCACUUGUUACAGUUGCUGAGGUGCCACCUGAGGGGCUCAGGGGAGUGGGUACUAAAGUUAUUGAGGAAGAAGACUAAUUUUGUGAAAUUGAGAGAUUUUUUAGGUUCUUGAGAAACUUGGUGAUUUUAUGUUUUUAGAGCAUUUAAUAGCCCUGCCCUAAUUGGGAAUGGGAAAAGUUUUAUUUUUAACUCAGUUCUUGCUCCUCUGCUAGCCAGAUUUCUUAGAGAUCAAUGCCAGUUUAUAUUCCAUUAUUAUUGAAAGCGGUUCUUGUUUUUUCAUUUUA